AUGCGGCGCGGCGUGUUGUCGUUUUGAUAAUAAAUAUUUGAGAAUGGUGCAUUUUCCGGUGCGAAAGUGCUACCAGGCGGCCAAAUUUGUGUUGUUGGUUGUUUUGGUGGUGACAAUCUUGUCUCUAUUCGAGCAGUGGCGAGGUGGUAAGAGGAAUGCACGAGCCGAGUACUCGGAUCCAAUAGAGGCUGAAUACGAGAGGCAGAUAUUAGAAGACGAGGCGAGGAUCAUCCCCGGGCUGGGAGAGGGCGGCGCCGCCGCUCACCUGCUCGGGGAAGAGAAGAAGCUGGGCGAGGAGUCCGAGAAGAAACUGGCCAUCAACGUGUACCUGAGCGACAGGAUACCGUACAACAGAACUCUGAAAGACUUCCGCAACCCAGCGUGCAAGCGCGUGAUAUACGAUGCUGAACUACCAUCAGCGUCCGUGAUCCUGAUAUUCCACAAUGAACCUUAUUCCGUGGUAGUAAGGACGAUAUGGAGCGUAUUGAACAGCGCGCGUCGCAGCCAGCCGUGGUACAAGCACGCCAGCUUCCUGGACCGCCAGACUGGAAGAGUCACUACUGCAGGGUACCCGGGCCAGGAUCCGAAGUCCAAGUUCGUGUACCUGAAAGAGAUAAUCCUGGUGGAUGACAACUCGACGCUGCCGGAGCUGAAGGGCAAGCUGAGCCACUACGUGCGCACCCGGCUGCCGCCCGACCUCAUCCGGAUACUUCGGCUACCGGACCGCGUGGGCCUGACGCGCGCGCGACUGGCGGGCGCGCGGUACGCGGCGGGCGACGUGCUCGUGUUCCUGGACUCCCACUGCGAGUCGCAGCCCGACUGGAUGCGGCCGCUGCUGCAGGCCAUCAGCGACGACCCGCACACCGUCGUCGUCCCCAUCAUUGACGUCAUCCAGUCCAACAACUUCUUCUACAGCGUGAUCGACACCAAAACAUUCCAGGUGGGCGGGUUCUCGUUCAUGGGCCACUUCACGUGGACCGACGUGCCCGACCGGGAGAAGAAGCGGCGCGGCUCCGACAUAGCGCCCACCUGGUCUCCGACGAUGGCGGGCGGUCUGUUCGCGAUCAGUCGCACGUACUUCUGGGAGCUCGGCGCGUACGACGAGCAGAUGGGGGGCUGGGGGGGAGAGAACCUCGAGAUGUCGUUCCGGAUCUGGCAGUGCGGCGGCACGUUGGAGACGAUCCCUUGUUCCCGCGUGGGCCACGUCUUCCGCAGCUUCCACCCGUACGGGAUGCCCUCACACAUGGACACGCACGGCAUCAACACGGCGCGCAUGGCGGAGGUGUGGAUGGACGAGUACGCCGAGCUGUUCUACCUGCACCGCCCCGACCUGCGGAACAACCCAAAAAUCGGCGACGUGACCCAUCGUAAAGUGCUCCGCGAGAAGUUAAAAUGCAAGAGUUUCCAAUGGUACCUGGACAACAUCUACAAGGAGAAGUUCGUGCCGGUGCGGGACGUGUACGGCUACGGCCGGUUCAAGAACGAGGCCACCAACAUGUGCCUCGACACCCUGCAGCGCGAGGCAGACCACGCCCACCUCGGCGCCUACCCCUGCCACCCCGACCUGCAGGCCACGCAGUACUUCUCCUUCUCGCUCGCCGGCGAGCUCAGGGACGAGUUCAACUGCGCCAUCGUCAAGACUACCAGGUGGCGCUAUGUUCUGUCAUACCACUCCCUCCUCGGCGCCUACCCCUGCCACCCCGACCUGCAGGCCACGCAGUACUUCUCCUUCUCGCUCGCCGGCGAGCUCAGGGACGAGUUCAACUGCGCCAUCGUCAAGACUACCAGUUCCCGAGAGUCGGGCGGCGCCGACCCGUCCCGGCCGGUGGUGAUGACGGCGUGCAAGGCGGGCGAGCGCGGCCAGCGCUGGCGCCGGCUGAGCUCGGGCCAGCUGCAGCACGUCGCCACCAAGCUGUGUCUGCGCGCGCCGCGGGACAUCGGCGACGUCCGGGCAGGGCCCUGUCUGGCCGGGCCCGGACACACCGACCAGAUCUGGACCAUCGACUAUACCGAGGAUAACAACUUCCAUGCCAACGACCUCAGGUUCGGCAUGGAGAGGGAGCAGCGACUGAACAGACUGCGCGGGCAGAGACGUAUCUCCCGGUCACUAUUGUCCUACUCGGAUACGAACUCCAAUCUACUGGAGGACACGCGGACUGACGACGAAGGGAACGCCACCAUUAGACGACAUUCACAUAAGGGCAAGCACCACAAGCGUCACGGACGCAAGCGAAGUCGCAGCAAAAAGCGAACGAAGAACAAGUUCAUACUGAAGAUAAUGAGGACCUUGAUGAACGGCACCGAGGAACAUCUGGAGGUGGACAUCCACUGCAAGCAUCGACAACUGUUCCCCAACAAUACAUUCGUCCGGGACCUCGUAACCAUACUCAACGAGAAGAAUGUCAAGGUGAUAAACAACGGCCGCGUGUUCGAGCGCAACAAGGUGACAGAGCUAGAGCAACAGUCGCAGAAAGUAUUGAACAAGUUGGACAUCGACCCCUCUCCCGCCGCGGCCCCCGCCCUCAUGCAGCCCCCUCCCCCCCGACACCAGCUCGCGCCGCGAGGCGGGGGCCUGGCGCAGAUGAGAGAAGGGGUAAAGCAACGAGUUAAGAAAAACAAAUCAAACCCAGCCGUACAGUCAGUGAUCAGACGGGAGCCCGCCAGCGACGCACUCUCACAGCUGGGGAGCCUGACCCCCGUGGCGGGGCCCCCGCGUAUAGAUAUCCCCUCGCGACAGACCCCCCACGGGAGGCCGCGGGACGGGGACAAGAAAAUCAUCAUCGAGGACUUCGUCGAGGUGAAGCGACUCUCACCCACCCCCCCUCUCCUACCACCACAAGGGGGGAAGGAAGGUCAGCCACAGCGCCCUCGUAAACGUAAACGCAAGCGUAACCGCACCGCGACUGCGCUCCCUCCCCCUUCAUCCCCGUCCACUGCGCCCUCGUCUCCCCCUAUUCCUCCCGCCGUCGUUCCCUUGUCCUCCCCUCAUGAAUUACUUCGCGAGCGACUGGACGACUCUACCUCCGACGAACACUCCUCUGGAGACAAGGAGGACUCCAUGGAGGACAAGACACUACAGAAGGAUAGCAUGGACCGAUCCAGUGGACUUGAGGACUGGCCAGUCGGUGAGUCUCGGUUCCGCCGCAACAACUCCCGCCCCCAGCGACGCAACGACAUCGAGUCGCAGUCCGGCGAGCGCGCCGCGCCCCUCGAGCCGCGCCCCGCGCCCCGCCCCCACGUGCACGGCCCGCUGUGUGACCACGACACCGAGCCCCGCCAGGACAUCGACCUGGAGUACACGCGGGACGAGCCGCUGGACCAGUCCGCGGCGCCCGUGAAGGUGGUGAUGCGAAGUAACCUCACCUUCAACCUCGGAGACGAGUUCUUCGCCUGGAAGAACGGCGCCACCGACGACCUCGUGAGUGAGUUCCUCGGCGAGCUCACCAUCCCUUCCACCAACACCACCAGUAGCGAGACGUCCACAGUCCGCACUGAGCGCCCCACUAGUGGACUACACUCCGACUCCUCCUCCGACAGCGGCGGCGACUGAAUGUGACGUCACUACCUCACUAGACAUUAUGACGUCACGCGCGUGCGACGAUGUACUACGGCAAGAAUCAUGGCGGGAGUAAGUUUACGUAUUGUGUAUGUUCCCAAUAUUCGUCCUUUAAUACAAGUUCGUGUUUUCUAGUAGAUAUGUUUAAAACUAAAUUAUGAUAAAAACUGAAAAAACUGUGAAAAUACAUUAUUCGCGAACUUGUUCCCACCGCGGAACAUAUUGCCAUGGUUCAUGCCGGGGACUACAUUAUGUAAAUAUGUAUAUCGCAAUGUCAGUCCAAGGGCCUCGUACGAUUUAAUUUUAUAUUUAACGACAUCGAAACGUUACCGCGUGCGGCGCUCUGAGGGCGUAAGAAUUUCUUUUACGUUUAAAAUAAUCGUAACGAGACGGCGUCCGGUGCUCUGGUUCGUUUGUUCACUGGAGCCGGCCAAUUAGAGCGCCGAACGUGGUCUCGUUAAACAAAUUUGUACCAAGCCCUCAUUACCUUCAUACGAUUACAUAUUAUUACAGUAGUUAGGUAGUUCCGGUUCAAAUUAUACUAAAAAUAUUUAUUUAUUAAGUUAUAUUUAUUAUUCUCAUAUACGUUCUGACGCCUAGUAACAUGCCAUGUCAAUGUGUAAUAUAACAUGCUAUAUCUAUAUACGAUGUCUAAUAUGACAUUUUGUACACAGGCUGUGUAAUAUGACGUAUUGUAUACAGGAUGUGUAAUAUGACAUAUUGUAUACAGGCUGUCUAAUAUGACAUAUUAUAUACAGGCUGUGUAAUAUGCCAUGUCAUAUACAGGGUGUGUAACAUGAUAGGUUACAUACAGGUGCUGCAUUUAUUGAUUUAACUAAUUAAUUUUUCUGUAAACAAGAACUGUCAUCACUAAGAUUACCAAAUAAUAAUAUUUUUGAUAUGAAAUUGAAGCGAGUGUAGUUAGUAACAAUAUGAGGAGUGUUGUCUUCAGUCGUUUCAGCCAGAUGACAACAGAACCAAGACUUCAGAACUGAGCAAAGGGAAUGUAUUUAUUUGUUAAAGUUUAUAUUCCUAACCAACGACUUUGCCUGCAUUAAUUAGCCUGAGUUCUUCUUUGUAUUUGAUCCAGCAGUAGUUGUUAAUAUUAUGCCGUAAAUAAAUAAAAUAAGAUAUAGCGGAGAGGUGACAAAAUUACUUUAGUACAUUUUACUUUACAUUCGUAAUAAUAAUAUUACAGUUCGGGUCGUAGUCGAAUACCACAAGGCAGUGUUUCUUAUCUGGGUGAAAUAACACGAAGUUCAUUUAAUUUUAAUAGUACUAAUUACUUACGUCCUAUGAAACUUGCAUUUAUAUUGAUUCUAAUAUGUAUAGUGUAUACGUGUGUUCCGUCCAAUGGCCGAUGUCGGUCAGUUUUUGUAUUACAAUAACUAUUAUAUAUAGAGACGCUAGAGUUGUAAAAAUAAAUAUUGAGAGAAAUGCAAGUAACGGUUGAAACUAAAUACUAUGUACGCCCGUCUUACGUAUAAUUUUCGACGGUGCUUGACUAAUUUCGAGUCACACCGGGGCUCAUAAUUAUGAGUCGGCGAUGUUGUUCGAAAAUAGUUGAGCAUCUUCGAGAAUAUUACUUAAGUAAGAUUAUUAUUUAAUAUUAUGUUCUAAUUACAGGAAAUACUAUUUAUGUUAAUAUUUUAAUUUAAGUUUACCAACUACUUUAUAUCGCAUUUCUUUCAAGAACUCAAAUCGAUUCAAAGGUUAUGGAUUAAUCGAUUAUUUAUGAAUGUUGGCCCAGGACAGUAAUGUACAGUAUUUGUUCGCGGGCCAAUCCCAGAGUUAGUGUAUUUAUUUAAUUUCGUGUAAUAUAAGUGUUUAUCGAAUUUAGCGUUCGUUGCAAUUAUCAAUAGAUUUUGUAUAAUAAUAAUUACAGUCGAGUCUCGUUCAUUCGAAACUGGAAACUUCUUAAAAUAUUUCGAAUACCUCUAUGGUCCAAAUAUUAUGCUUUGUUCACACUACGCUAGUAUUUGAGUCGAGUAGCGAAUAUUCAGUAGUCUUCUAUCGCUUCUGUCUCAAAAUGGAAGUGAGAGAGAACUGCUAAAUAAUCGCAACUCGACUGGCGUUACUAGCGUCGUGCGAACAAGGCACUAAGUAUAGUACUGUCAGUACAAAUCACUACAUAGCAUAAAACAAAGUCGCUACCCGCCGUCUGUCUGUCCCUAUGUAUGCUUA